AUGACAGAUUGCACACGUACUAAUGUCAUGGAACUUUACCAAAACAGUGGCAUGUACUGUCUGUCCAUCAUGAUCACCACAUUUAUAUACGCAACUUCGCAGGCCCAACGCUUCCUUUACCCAGGCCGUGCACACGAUGGAUUCUCACUGAAAAAGCGGCUCUUGCCCUUCCUAGAGGACUAUCUAUGCACUCGCCUCGAUUUCAUUAACGACACUGACGACUUGAAGCCCCUCAGAAGAAUCUCAUUAAAGCUCGACGUCAGUUCUCAAAAUCCGACAAGUAGAACCGUUAUGGCUCUUCAGACUCAGACCGAAUCAUCUUUCUCAUCCUCAUCUACUUCUACUUCUGCUUCUUCUUCUUCAAGUUCAGCAACCACAACAAACGACAACCCCGAUAGCGGAAGCUUCUUCACCCCAACAUCCUCACCACCUCUCAUCCUCGCCUUUCUCGCCAUCGGACUGCUUGUGACAGCUAUCAUCGCGGCCCUCGGCUGGCGUCGACGACGCCAGAUGGGAAGGGGACAAUUUCAUAAGGCUGAGAUGGAUAUUGGGAGUAAGCCGAAGCUGUGGGAUUUGCGGACUACUUCUAGGAUUUCGGGAUCAGGAUCACAUGUAACAGGAAUAGACUCAGCGGCAGGUAGAGGAGCAAACGGAAUGGAAAUGUGCAGUAGUGGGGCAGGGAAAUUCUGGUCGAGGUUGCAUGCGGACCAGGAAAUUGAAAUUAGUUGGGAAAACAUCAUGCCAAUAUCAGUGACUCCGUUGAUUCAUGCGAACGACGACGAAGAUCGGAACUCUGAUGAACUCGUCCAAGAAUUAUUACCCUCACCAACUUCCUGGAUUUCCCAUAUCGUCUCGCAAAGCAGGACAGUCCUUGUAUCACUCUCACAUCAUCUCCCAGGUCGAAUUCAUCACCAUCACCGACAGCACUGGGUCCAUGAGGGCUCGGAUGCAAUAGAACCUUCACUGUCAGACCCGCCUGCGGAGACGGACAAGGGAAGGUUUGAGGCAGUGGUCGACAAUAUCUCCAGGGAUCAAUACGAGAGCCUUCAAAUCGCGGUGGCGAUUGCUAUGCCGAUGCCAAAGGUCGCCCGAGAUAAGGAAUUGGAUGGAAAUUUAGGUGAGGUGGAUGAACGGCGACCAGAGAUGUAUGAGUAUGCCUUGGGGUUAUGCCGAACGUCAUGCAGCGGUGCUGAGGGACACGAGUUUGUCGAGGUGACGAGCAAACCUGUAUUACCACAUUGA